UGGGGACGGCUACCAAUCAGCAGCGGAGGGAGGCGGGAAACAUUCCGUCAGCAGGGUAGGUUGUGAGGAGGCUUUUCAGGCCGGGAGAGUACGAGCGGCAGAGGAAAAAGAGGGGGAAAAUAAAUUAGCCGAGCAUCAAGCGACUUGAGGUGAAAUUUGCAGACGAUUAGGCAGCCAAUGAAUUACUCUGGCAGACCUUAAAUAUGGUGCAGGAUUGUGAUUCUCAACAAAGUGAACUCCACCGGAUUACUUCCAACUUCCAUACAUGGAUUUCUAUGGCAAACACAGUUAUUGUUUCUCAUCCAUCGAUAGAGAAAACAAGCAGGCUGGUGUCUCUCUCCCUUCUCUCUCUCUCUCUCCUUCUUCUGCUGACUUCUUCAACAACGCCAUUACGUCCUUUAUCUUCUAUUGACGCUCAUCAUGACAACAGAAAUUAACUUGAGUGCUGCCACAGGAAAUCCCCAUCCACAGCAGCCAAGUUCUGAACAAGAUCCUCCCAAAUUUGACAAACCAGAAAGUCAGCCAGAGGAAAAUCGGCUGUCAGUAGAAGUGGUGGACAAGCAAACUGGUGGAGACCAGAACACACCGACAACACCAGUCAACGGUGUUCCAGCCAACAAAGAGGAGACAGAGAAGGAGCAGUCUUCUAGCAGCAAAGGGUUGUCACGCUUCUUGCCUGGCUGGUUUAAAAGACCCAAGUCUCAGAUUUCAGAAGAGGAAAGUGGAAAGGAGGUUGCUGUAGCUUCUGAAGCUGGCAACACACUACCAGGACAACAACUGGAUUCAGUAAAGCAAGCUGAAGGAACGGAAUUAGUUGAGCAAGGGGCACCUAUCGCAGAUCAGGAGCUAGAUGAUAAUAUUGACGAAGAAGCAACUUUAGAUUUGCAUUCCAUUAGCAGUGCUGAAACUCAGCCAGCCCAAGAAGAAAAAGAAGAUCUUGGUCCAGAAAAGGCUCCUGAAGUUAAGGAUGAAGUAAAGCUAGAUGUUCCCGAGGAAAAAGGUGGAAGUACAGAACAAAAAACCAGUAAGGAUUUGAAACCACCACCCAAGGUUGCCAAAAAAUCCAAAACCAUGCACUGUAAGGUGACUCUUUUGGAUGAAACUGAAUUUCAAUGUGACGUUGAGGAUGGGACGGGAACCUGCCUCCAGAGACAUUCCAAGGGACAUGAACUCUUCACUAAAGUGUGUCAACAUCUUAAUCUUCUGGAGAAGGACUAUUUUGGACUGGCCUUUUGGGAUUCAACAAAUCAGAGAAGUUGGCUGGAUCUCACCAAAGAGAUUAAGAAGCAAAUGCAGGGUGGCCCGUGGGAUUUUACUUUCAAUGUGAAGUUUUAUCCUCCUGACCCUGCACAGCUGACUGAAGAUAUAACAAGAUAUUACUUGUGCCUUCAGCUGCGUCAGGACAUAAUUACUGGAUGUUUGCCUUGUUCAUUUGUUACUCUUGCCCUUUUGGGAUCAUACACAGUUCAGUCAGAGCUGGGUGAAUAUGAUCCAGAGAUACACGGAACAGAUUAUCUGAGUGAGUUCAGGUUGGCUCCCAAUCAAACAAAAGAACUGGAAGAGAAAAUUAUGGAGCUUCAUAAGACCCACAGGGCUAUGACCCCUGCACAAGCAGAUCUGCAAUUCUUGGAGAAUGCUAAGAAGCUUUCAAUGUAUGGUGUAGAUUUUCAUCCUGCAAAGGACUUGGAAGGAGUGGACAUCAUGCUUGGGGUAUCUUCAGGUGGCCUCCUUGUGUACAAAGACAGGCUCCGAAUAAACCGCUUUGCCUGGCCUAAAGUUCUGAAGAUUUCGUACAAACGCAGCAGCUUCUUCAUCAAAAUUCGUCCAGGAGAGGAUCAGUGUGAAAGUACUAUUGGGUUUAAGCUGUCCAAUUACCGUGCUGCCAAAAAAUUGUGGAAAGUAUGUGUGGAAAAUCAUACCUUUUUCAGGCUGACGACUCCAGAAUCCUCAGCAAAAAGCAAGUUCCUGUCCCUAGGUUCCAAAUUUCGUUACAGUGGUCGUACACAGGCUCAGACCAGGGAAGCAAGUGCCCUAAUUGACAGACCAGCACCCCGCUUUGAGCGUACUGCAAGCAAACGGGCAUCCAGAAGUCUUGAUGGAGCUAAGCGUAAACUUCCAAAAACUUCUAUUGAAUUACCAGUGGAUGAGGAUCCUGAGCUCAGACGUGUUGAAGCACUCAAAGAGCAGCCAGCUGCAGUAGUUGUGACCCCAGACAGAAGUCCAAGGCCAGUGACCACUUCUGUGCCAAUAGCAUCUCAAAGUCAUUCAGUAGAAGUCAGUAGCCCACCCACAGUUGAGACGACAAGAGUGACUGAAUCAAAUGCGACUGGAAAGGAAGUGAGGGAUGAAAUAAAACAUGAAGAGCGUCUGGUUGACCAAAGGGCGGAACCAGCCCAAGAAGUUAAGGCCCUUCAACAGCAAACUGAAAUCACUCCAGUUGCUACCACAGCAAAUGAUAAAUUACAGCAAAAACCUGAUGGAGAAGAAGUCGUCAAAAUGCGUAAGAAGAGAUCAAAGAAAAUUGAGGGUGAAAACAUUUAUGUCAGGCAUAGCAAUUUAAUGUUGGAGGAUCUAGACAAAACCCAGGAUGAAAUAAUGAAACAUCACGCCAGUAUCAGUGAACUAAAGCGGAACUUUAUGGAGUCUGUACCUGAACCACGCCCCAGUGAAUGGGAUAAACGGCUCUCGGCACACUCGCCUUUUAGGACCUUGAAUGUCAAUGGACAAGUUCAAGCUGGCACAGAAGAAGCCAUGGUGAUUUCAGGUUUACAUUCUGAAAAGAAGCUUGGUGGGCCAGAGAAAUUAAUAGAAGGCCUGUAUGGACAUUUGCGUGCCAAUGAAAAGCCAACAAUGUUCCAGGCAACCUACUACUUUUAUGCAGCACCUGAGAAGACCCUCCGUGAAGGACAGGCACAGACUCCAAAUAAAACUGCUUUGCAUAACUCUGUUUCACAUGCUCAGCCACCACUUGUAAAGACUCAAACUGUGACCAUCGCUGACAUGCCACAUUCUGAAAAUGAAAUUGCAACCAAUGAAGUUCCUGUUGUUCAUACAGAAACAAAGACCAUCACCUAUGAAGCAGCACAGACAGGUGAUUGUAAUAGUGAUGGUGAGCCUGGGGUAUUGAUGAGUGCUCAAACUAUCACAUCAGAGACUGUGUCCACCACUACAACCACACAGAUCACAAAGACUAUUAAAGGGGGAGUUUCAGAAACGAGAAUUGAGAAACGAAUUGUAAUCACAGGAGAUGCCAAUGUUGACCACGAUCAGGCUUUGGCACAAGCCAUCAAAGAAGCCAAAGAGCAGCAUCCAGAUAUGUCAGUGACCAAGGUAGUGGUGCAUCAAGAGACAGAGAUAGCUGAGAAGGAAUAAAGCCCAGAAGUAAAGGAAAUACUGUGAGCAGAAGCUUUCCAAGUCCUACUGCUUGACUGUUCAUUAGAAGAAUUUUGUACCUUUUUUUAGGAUCUGGUCACUGCCAUUUGUGCUUGCUUUGCAACCCUUCAAUAAUCACCAAGUCUUGUAUUUGGAACCAAGUAGACAAAGGACAUAAGACAAGAUGAGAAGAUAUCGAAGCCAAGGUGUAAUCCUGGACUUUGUGUUUUUUUUAAUCACUUGGAAGCAUCUAUUUGAUACAGUUUUAGAUCCAUAGAUUUUUACAUAUUUCAGUACCUAAAAACAGAAAAAAACUGCUUUGUAUCCAUGGGUGGGGGAGAUGUUCCCCAAGGGCUGUUUUACUGCAGAUGAUGUCAGAAUAAAGUUUCAGUACUUAGGCUGAGAAAUGAAGUACAUUGUGAAGAGUGGAGAAGUUAAAUUCCAGCACAGUUUAAUCAUGACCAUUUUAUACUGUGAAUUAAAGGAACUGUGAAUAGUUGUGAACUUGACACUUAAAUUUCUCAAACAUUUUGGCAAGAGGAAUCUUUAUUGUUACUUAUCAGGAGCCUUCCACAUUUUGCUUCUGAAAGCUGUAGUAUCCUUUUUCAAACAGUAUGAAUUCUCUCAACCAGCUGGCAUUUCUUAUAAAUUUGGUCUUUUCUGGUGGGAUUUUGAUUAAAAGCAACAAUUGAAUCACAGGAGCUUAACAUAAAAUUUAGUGUUUAAGGCUAAUAUUCAUGAAAUCUUCUAAUUUUUUAUUCUAUUUUUAAAGAAAACAACUUUGGAAAAAGGAUAUAACAGCUUUGAUAUUUUUUGGAAGUUGGACAGAGCUUAAAUACACAGCCAGAAAAGUGCAUGGCCUUUGUAGGAUUGUGAUCAUCAAGUUCUAAAUUAGGUAAUAUGAAGUAAAUUAUUUAGAAUUGCUAUCUUAUUUAUAUUUCUGAUUUUUACUACAAGAAAAAUUCUCAAUGUGCAUUUGCAUGGUCCUGGCUGGACAAUAUAAUCUUUAAUAUGUUCUAGCACUGUUGAUCAUCUGUUCUGAUGUGUCAUAUUCCACUAUAAAGUUGUUUCCAGUCAAAGGAGAAUAUCCAGCCUGGGCUGUUGCUGGUAAAAUUCACAUGCCUCACCAAAACAACUAUUGUGCUUGUAGAUUUAGAUAGCUAAACAAUUUUGAGACACUGAAAUAACUUUUAGUAGUUAUAUAAUUUGAAGGGGAAGAAGAACUUAAUUUAUCAUGCACAUAGACAUGUAUUGUCAAAUGUUGAUCUGUAACCCACAUAUGAAGUAUUGGGGGGGAAAAUGUGCUUUAAAUUUAUGAUCCCAAUCCUACUGUGAAAAAUGGCUCAGUACUUUGAAUUCCAUUUUUUAGAUGUAAGCCCAACUAAUUUGAAGGAUUUUUGUACAGUUCUUUAUAUUAUAUAGAAUUAACAACUCAAAAACUUUUACUCCAUUAGGUUUUACUUUUAGGACAUGUAAUCAUGGAAAAAUAAAAAUGAAUCAUGGAGUCUUUGUAGAUAUUAAUUAGUGGGAACAAUCUCACUGUUGUGGGGAUUCAGUCACCAUGAUCAUAUCGAUGAUAGAAAAUAUCAGUCGUAGCAUUUAGUAGAUGGAAGUAUUGAAAUGAAAUCAUCCUUUAUGGCUUUUUGAAUACAAAUUUUAAUGAAAUAAAACUUUUUGAUCAUAAACCGAAUUGCAGAACUUUUUGGAUUAAUUGUGAUUGUGUGGCCUUAAUCCUUUCUUUAGAAAGAUGUUGGUAAUUGUUAAUGGUAGCACCUUUUCAUGUCCUCAUGAUGUCCCAAAGCGAUGCACAGGAAGUUGCUGUACCUUCAACAUGUAAUCAAUGUUAAUUUGUAGAAACCUUUAUGCAAUUAAUAAUUCAUUCCAUGUGGUUGUGUAUUUUUGUAACAGGAAGUGACAUUACUGAUUUCAAACUGUCAUUUUGAAUGUAGAAAUGCUGAGAGCCCAAUCUUGUGAAACUAAAGGUUAGAUAUACUAGUUUCAGUGUACAGUGUUAGAAACUGAGUCUUCCAAAGGCUUCAAGAUAUUUUGCAAAUUCUCAGUUUGUAUUUUCCAUGAUUUAAGUUUGCACAGAAAUCAGAGACUGCUGUUGACCAGUUUGUUGUAGAAUGUUAAGGAAGUGGCAAUCAGCCAGUUUUAUUUGCAGAGAUUUCUUGAGAAAAUAGUGAUGUUUGUUGUAGUUGGCUUUACGAUAUAUUAACAAUGAGUUGAAAAUCAAUAUCUCGAUGCGCCAUUUGUGCUAUUCCAUUUCAUAAUUGUGUUUGGUUGGCUAGCCUUUGUGCAUUGUAGUUUGGCUUUUAUCAUGGAAAUUGUGACUAACUCAUAAAUAUGCUGACUGCACAGAGAUGACUGUGUAUUAAAUUUUUGUUUUCUUUGCCCUGAAGCAUUUAAUAAGUUCAAGUUGAGUGCUGGAAGCCAGAUGUUGAUGAUUUAAAAUAUCAAUGCAAGGUAAAAUGUAUUUACAAAAUGAAAACACCCUGUGAAGUGUAUUUCCUGUUCUAGUAUUUGCAGAUGAAGUACAACAGUUGAUAAAACUGAAUCAUGCUUUUUAAAAUCCAUGUAGACCAAAUUGCAUUGCUUCCUAAAACAGGUGUGGUGAUUUGAUGUUUUGAUUUUCUUGCUCUGUGCUUGCUUACAUGACUAUGGAAUGCAUAGAGUGUUGAUCUUGAUGUUCAUCGGCUUAUUGCCUUUGUUUUUAAAAGGUGUCCAAUUCUGGGAUCUGUUUGAACCAGCUUCUAGCCUUUAAAAGGGGAGGUACACUGUGGCUGCAGCAGAUGCAGGCAGAUGUUCAACAAAUGAAGCUUAAUACCACAGCACAGUAGAGUUUGGGUGCCAAGGUUCUCCAGAGCUGUUUUGGAGGAAAAGAGAAAUUAUUUCCAUGGGGAAGCAAGAAUCUUUUUAUACAUGUUAAUUGAAGGUACAGCAGCACCAGAUAAGUUCAUGGACCAGUAUCCAGAGGCUUGGAUUAUUCCUGUGGACAAGGGGUUCAAAACUCAUGGUAACCGGGGAAUUUAAAUUCAAGUAAUUAAAUUUGUAAUGAAAAGUUAAUAUCACUGAUGGAGACAUACAGCACAGCUACAGGCCCUUCAGCCCACCAUGUCCAUGCCAACCAUCAAAUCCUAUCUCAACUAUCCCAUUUACCAGAAUUUGGGCCGUAGCCUACUAUGUCUUGGCAAUUCAGGUGCUUGUCCAGAUGCUGUCUGAAUGUUGUGAGUACCUGCCUCCACCACCACCUCAAGCAAUGUUUCCACCGCAACUACCCUCUGGGUGGAAAAAAAAAUUCUUCCUCUGAACCUCUCUGAAAAUUAGAGCUCGUACCAGAAUUUGUGCACUGUGCUGCACUGCACCAUCACAGACAUCUUGCAGCUUGUAUACCCUGCCAUCUAUUCAGUUAUUAAAGAUGUGUCAUCUAAGCGCACUUCCUUGCAGGACAAGGUGGCACACCAACAGUAAAUGCAGUUGCUUUGCAUAACCCCACAAGAGGCAACAGUGCUUACCAUUACUGAGUCCAUGGCAGCAGCAGGGCGAAAGGUCUGGAUAAACAUGGUGUCUUCUCGCCUAAUUUCUCUUGUGCAUUGCAGAUGGUGCAGACAUGUGCCUCUUGUUCUGUCACCUCUCCAGUUUUUACAAGCUAGCACUUAUGCAUUUCUCCUUUACACUAAUAAAUAACAUGCCUGGUAAUGCAAUGGUUGGAGUGAGAAGAGAGUGAAGAUAAAGACACACUGGCAUUAAACACCCCCCAGCCAUCAGCUUGGAUGCUGACACUGCAUGAAAUAGAGACGAUCAGUAUCCGGUCACUCACCAGUUCCAAGUGGCCUGCAGCUUUGAGAUGCAAAAGGACUGUCAACGUGCUAGAUGCCUGAGAGGUCAUGCAUGAGUUCUGCAGAGGAUUCUGAGGAGUACCCUAAUGAUGCAGACUGUAGAAGACAACUGGCGGAUACAGUGAAAUGAAAAAGGCACAAUGAAAUGCAGGUCUGCCAGAAAUCCUGCAUGGAGUGUCAAGUGACAUGAAGUUACCCAACAUCAACAUUCAAAGGGCUUUGUGCAGAGCUUGGGAGUCUAUUCUGUUCAGUUUCCAUUACAGAUCCAAACCAUAAUCUAAUGGCUGAUAUUUUGGCUCUCAUUCCAGAAGCCAGCAAAAUCUGGGUGCUUUACCGGAAGCUCUGACUUGUGCAAACUAAGCUUGCUGCCGUUCAGCAGCCAUCAAUCCUGUGGGUACCAGUGUUCAAAGUAGCUUGCACGUUGUCACAGCUGUCCAGCAAAUGUGUCCUUCAGCAUGGUACUAGGAAUGCUGUGACAGCUCUGAAGGUGUGGCAGUGGCUUUGGAGAGCAUGGAUCAGCUGUCCUCCAACAAAGACACUUAAUUCCACUACUGUCCUUGUACCAGUUCUAUUGCUAUUAUCUGCCUGCCAGCCAUCCAUUCCAGUCCAGGCUACUGCCAUGCAUUCUAAGAAGUUUAAGUUCAAGGCCACUUGCAAUCUCUUCCACUAAAGUUGGCAUUUUUCCACCACUCAAGGUAACACUGUGUGGCAUGUUUUUGUUUAUAAAUUUGCUUUGGAAUGUUAAUUUGAGUUGGUUGUUACUGACUACCACAAUGGCAAAGAUAGAUGCCAAAAUGUUAAACAAUAGAGAAUUGAGGUUGUGUUUAUUAAUCUUACUGUAACUGGAAAGAAUUGAUCUCAGCCACAUAGAAGGAGAAACUGCACUUGGCUCUGGAUCUCUGGCUUACAAAGAAGAAAUCAGCUGGUACGUGUGCAGAUGGUUUCUAUAAUAAUAACCCUGCAAUAGAUGUGCCUAUCUGUCAAUUUGCUGAGUACAGAUUUGGGUUGACUUGCAAUACUCCAUGGAGAAAUGACCUGUCCAUGGGUUAAUGGACAACUUUUAAAUACGGGUAAAUAAAGAUUACACUGUAAAUUGA